UAUAUAGUAACAUUUAUUGUGGUCACCUGAUUCAAUGAUUCUACCAUAAAUAUUCCCCAUAAGAGGAGAGAACAUCAGAGACGUCUGAGCUCUCCGCGCUGCACCAGACUCUACAGAGCUCACAUUCACCAUGGACCUGGUCACGGUUCUCUUGGCCAUCGUCGUCAUUUUAUUUUUCGCCAAAGCUUUCAUGAACCAGAAACAUGGAAAUAGCAAAAGUUUCCCACCUGGACCAACACCUUUACCGAUCAUUGGAAAUAUCCUCACGAUUGACAUGUCAAAACCGCAUAAAACAUUCAUGGAGCUUUCUAUGAAGUACGGCUCAGUCUUCAGUGUUAAGAUGGGCAUGACCAAAAUAGUUGUCCUAUGUGGUUAUGAAGCGGUGAAGGAUGCGCUCAUCAAUCACGCCGACUUCUUUUCUGACAGACCUCAUGCGCCAGUGAUUGCUAAAUUUACAAAGAACAAUGGUGUUAUCUUUUCCAAUGGAGAGAACUGGAAAGUGAUGAGAAGAUUCACCCUCUCCACACUACGGGAUUAUGGAAUGGGGAAGAAAACCAUCGAAAACAAGAUCACCGAGGAGGCAGAGUAUUUAGUGCAGAAGUUUAGAUCCUAUAAAGGAAAGACCUUUGAUAACUUGACCAGUGUUAAUGCAGCCGUAGCCAAUAUCAUUGUGUCCAUACUGCUCAGCCAUAGAUUUGACUAUGAGGAUCCGAUCAUACAGAGGCUGAUGGGUUUAAUCAAUGAGAAUGUACGACUUCUGGGAAGCCCAUGGGUCAGGCUAUAUAACAGUUUUUCAACUCUGAUGGACUUCCUCCCUGGACCUCACAAAACAAUUUUUGGGAACAUCCGAGAGUUUCAGAAAUUCAUAAGGGCGACGUUUACCAAACAGAAGAAAGAACUGGAUGUGAACGACCAGAGGAACCUUAUUGAUGCCUUUCUGACCAAACAACAAGAGGGAAAGUCCGAAUCCACUGAAUAUUACCACAAUGACAACUUAACUGCACUAGUAGCAAACCUGUUCGCUGCUGGAAUGGAGACCACCUCAACCACCCUGAGAUGGGGGCUUCUACUCAUGAUGAAAUAUCCAGAGAUUCAACAAAAAGUCCAUGAUGAAAUUGAAAGAGUGAUAGGAUCGGCCCAACCUCAGAUGGAACAUAGGAAACAAAUGCCGUAUACUGACGCCGUCAUCCAUGAAAUUCAACGUUUUGGGGAUAUAGCGCCAAAUAAUGUUCCACAUGCAACUUCUGAAGACGUCACAUUCAGAGGGUAUUUUAUUCCAAAGGGCACUGUUGUUUUCCCAUUGCUGCACUCUGUACUGAGAGAUAAAACUUACUUUAAGAAACCGGAUGAGUUUUAUCCAGAACAUUUUCUUGAUUCUGAAGGGAAUUUUAAAAAGAAUGAGGCCUUCAUCCCCUUCUCAAUAGGUAAACGUAGCUGUGCUGGGGAAACCUUGGCUAAAAUGGAGCUAUUCCUGUUCUUCACAACACUGUUACAAAAUUUCACAUUCAAGCCUUUACCUGGAGCCAAACUGGACCUUACUCCUGCACUGGGGGUUACAAACUCCCCCAAACCCUAUGAGAUCUGUGCCAUACCUUGCAGAUACUCUACAGAGCCCACAUUCACCAUGGACCUGGUCACGGUUCUCUUUCUUAUUGUCAUCAUCUUAUUUUUUGCCAAAGUUUUUAUGAACCAGAAACAUGAAAAUUACAAAAAUUUCCCACCUGGACCAAAACCUUUACCGAUGAUCGGAAAUAUCUUCUCACUUGACAUGUCAAAACCUUAUGUAACCUUCAUGGAGCUUUCUAUGAAAUACGGCCCAGUCUUCAGUGUUCAGGUGGGCACGACAAAAGUAGUUGUCUUAUGUGGUUAUGAAGUGCUGAAGGACGCGCUCAUCAACCAUGCUGAUGCCUUCGCUGACAGACCUCAUGCACCUAUGGUUGCAAAAUUUUCAAAAAACUAUGGUCUAAUUUUUGCCAAUGGAGAGAACUGGAAAGUGAUGAGAAGAUUUACCCUCUCCACACUACGAGAUUAUGGAAUGGGGAGAAGAACCAUAGAAAAUAGGAUCAUUGAGGAGGCCGAGUGUUUAGUGCAGAAAUUUAGAUCUUAUGAAGGAAAGCCCUUUGAUAAUUUGACCAUUAUCAAUGCAGCCGUAGCCAAUAUCAUUGUGGCCAUACUGCUCAGUCGUAGAUUUGACUAUGAGGAUCCGACCAUACAGAGGCUGAUGGGUUUAAUCAAUGAAAAUAUUCGACUCUUCGGGAACCCCUGGGUCAGACUUUAUAACAGUUUUUCCACAUUGAUGGACUUCCUUCCCGGACCUCACAGAAAAAUAUUUCAAAACGUCCGAGAGUUUCAGAAAUUCAUAAGGGAGACAUUUACCAAACAGAAAAAAGAACUGGAUGUAAAUGACCAGAGGAACCUUGUUGACUCCUUCCUAGCCAAACAACAAGAGGGAAAUUCCGAAUCCACUGAAUAUUACCACAAUGAUAACUUAACUGCACUGGUAGGAGACCUGUUCGCUGCUGGAAUGGAGACCACAGCAACCACCCUGAGAUGGGGGCUUCUGCUCAUGAUGAAAUAUCCAGAGAUUCAACGAAAAGUGCAUAAUGAAAUUGAGAGAGUGAUCGGAUCGGCCCAACCUCAAAUGAAACAUAGGAAACAAAUGCCGUAUACUGACGCCGUCGUACAUGAAAUUCAACGCUUUGGGGACAUUGCACCGACUAAUGUUCCACAUGCAACUUCUGAAGACGUCACAUUCAGAGGAUAUUUUAUUCCAAAGGGAACUCUAGUUUUCCCAUUGCUGCACUCCGCACUGAGAGAGAGAACUUACUUUGAGAAACCGGAUGAGUUUUAUCCCGAACAUUUUCUUGAUGCUGAAGGGAAUUUCAAAAAGAAUGAGGCCUUCAUCCCCUUCUCAAUAGGUAAACGUAGCUGUGCUGGGGAAACCUUGGCUAAAAUGGAGCUAUUCCUGUUCUUCACAGCACUAUUACAAAAUUUUACUUUGAAACCUGUACCCGGAGCCAAACUGGACCUUACUCCAUUACUGGGGUCUACAAAAUCCCCCAAACCCUUUGAGAUAUUUGCCAUAUCUCGCAGAUAGACGAUGUAUUCAGCAAAUACUGUCACGGGACAUGUUAUAUGUCAUUGUAUUUGUGAAUCUCCUCAUACCUCAACAACUUCUCAGCGUUUCCUACACACACCAUCACCUCUUCACCCUUCCUCUGUUGGAGACCCUCAAAGAUCUAUUCGGGGCCCUUACUCUUCUGCCUCUAUACUUUUUUCUUGGGACAGAUCAUAGAAUCCAAUUCAAGUACCAUUUCUAUGCUGAUGAGACAUAUAACUACCUCUUCAGUCAGUAUGUCACCUCUCUAGGAUCUCAGAGUGUCUAUCAACUAUAUCUUCCUUCUUCUCCCACUUUCUAAAGCUCCACAUAAAAUUCAUUAUCUUUCCCUUAUCUUUAUCAAAUUCCGCUAUCCAACCUAUCAAUUACACUCAAUGGGAUCUCCAGACACCGUCCCUCAUAUAAUGUCCAAUCCCCACCUCUGUGUUUUCCCAUCAUCCGCACCUCACAACUGUUUCCAGUAUUUCUCCCGAGCUUCCCCCAUACUCAGGGACUACCUGGACACAUCUGGCCCUCACCCACC